AUGCCGAAGAAAAAAAAAUAUAGAGAUGUAGAUCGUCCUGAAUAUCAUAUUGUAAAUUAUCUCAGCUAUGAUGACUAUAGUUCACGGAUGUUGACGUGUGAUCAUCCUGUACCCCCGGAUCGGUAUGAUGAAAGAGUUGAGGAUCAUUUAAGGGUAACAGGUUUUUAUUAUGCGUCCCAGAUUGGAAUAGUCCAAAAUCAGAAGGCAUUGGUGAAUGCUUUAGUUGAAAGGUGGCAUCCAGAUACACAUACCUUUCACCUUCCUGUUGGUGAAUGUGCUGUGACGCUAGAAGAUGUGGCCUUAAUUCUCGGUCUUCCGACGGACGGUCUUCCAGUCACAGGGAUGACUAUUAGUAGCUUUGAUGCCUUAGAGGCGGAGUGUCUCAAUCAAUUCGGGGUUGCACCAAGAAAGUCAGAGUGCAGAGGGAGCUGUAUAAAACUGACAUGGCUUCGAGAUCUUAGAGAACGCUUACAGUUGGUUGAUGAGAUCAGUAUACAGAGGUAUGUCAAGUGCCACAUAAUGUUAUUGAUCGGUACGAUAUUGUUUGGAGACAAGUCUGGAGCAUCUGUGCACUGA